GUUGAUGGCAGAGCUGCUGGAGCCUAGAACCAGGGCUCACUUGAAAAUACAAUUCCGAAAGAAAAAGUUUCUUCCGAUGGACUUGGUACUAAGACUUGGUGACGUGCUCGAGCCUUGAAAGUUGCGUACGAUUUGGACUCGACGUACUACCCUUUCAGAUCUGGCUCGUCAUUCAUUCCAUCCCUCAACUCUCAGCUUCACUGACAGUGAUCAAGCUAAGCAAUGAAUUCGACACGGUUGCUAUCCAGGGGGGCUCGAGGUCUUCAGCAUGCCCAUCGUUUGACCAGGACACAGGCAGUGAGAAUGGCCACCAAAACUGGGCCAGAGGAGGAACAAAAGCCUGGGCCAGGUGUGGGGUACAUCACGCAUGGAUUCCCAGCCGCAGGGCUUCGGCGAACAGUACGGUACAUCACAGGCCAUAACGCCGAGGGCAAGGGCAUCUUCCUUUCCACUGAUUGCGGUGACCAUCACCGCAUCAUGGGGGAGAAUGAGGCUGUUGCCAACAUCCUUUACUCAACCAGGGAGUGUCCGGUGGACAUGGGAGGUGAUGUUGACGUCGUCAAGGCUAAAGAGGCCGAGCCCCCACUCCACUACCAUAAUGGUACUGUUGUUCGAAUGGUGGACUUUGGCCCUGGUGUCAAAUCUCCCCUCCACCGAGCAGUCUCACUGGACUACGGCGUUGUAAUCGAAGGCGAGUUUGAACUGACUCUGGACUCGGGGGAGACGCGCAUCAUGAGGCAGGGAGAUUUCUCGGUGAACCGAGGGGCUAUGCAUGCAUGGCGGAAUUUGACAGGCAAUGGCACACUGCCUGGUCGCAUGCUUUGGGUCUUGCUUGACUGCAAGCCUUUUGUACUUAAUGGUCAGGAGGCACAGGAGGACCUUGGGGACCUUGCCCAGUACUAUCAGGGCCGUUGAACUAGGGAUAUUGUCAGAUAGCAAAAUGACAACUAUUACGGG